ACAGCCGAAUUGAAGUGUCGUCGAAAUUUGAAAAGGCUCUGUAGUUUAGCUCACGGGUUCGUGCGACAGUGAAUACAAUGGAUCCAUACAACGAGGAAAACAUCAAAAUGUAUUUUUUUGAGAAUAGGUUAAAAACUUAUGGGGGGUGGCCAUUCGACGAAGACUGCAAGUGCACGCCGGAAAACAUGGCUAAAGCCGGCUUCAUUCACACACCUUCAGAGAACAGCCCAGACAUCGCCAUGUGUUUCUUUUGCCUGAAAGAGCUGGAGGGCUGGGAGCCAGAGGAUGACCCAGAAAAGGAGCACAAGUCUCAUUCGCCAUCCUGCCACUUCAUUGCCCUGAAGAAAAAAGUGGAAGACCUGACUGUGGAGGAAUUCUACAGAUUGCAGAAAGAGAGGCACAAGUUCAUCAAUAACAAAUCUUGUAAUGAGGCCAUCACCAAGUUUGAAGAGGCAGCCAAACUGAGGCGAGCAGACAUCAUCAAGACGGCCAUGGGAGAAGAGUGACACAGCGACAGAUUCAGAUGAAUGACAUGAGCUCGUUUGUGUAUCUGAGAAAGAUGGAGAGAAUAAUUGUAGCUGUCAGAAUUAUUGACUUGUUCCUCACCAAACUCAUUUUUAUGUUUCCUUUGUGUGCCUUCAUGUCAUCUUUUUUCACGUAUGUGUUUUUAUCUUUUAACACUUUCUGUUUUUAUGUAAUCUGAUAUCUAAUAAAUAUUGGAUUCUGUAACAUAA